AUGGCAGGGGAACAGGAGGAUGAGGAGAGGAAAGGGAAAAAGAUCGAGGAACCACCUCCCCAGAAAAAAUUAGUGAGCAAACCCCUCAUGGACACUCUCUGGACCAAGUUUAAGAUCCAGCAAUAUGUCACGAUCCGAGAGAGUCAUGCGCUGGCAUUUGAAUUCGGCUUGACGGAAAAACAGGAGGUGGAAGAAAAGGAUGGAGCGUUGCCGACACCCUCUGCCGAAGAAAAGAACGAAGCGUUGCCAACACUCUCUGCCGAGAUCCCCCCCUUGGUGACGGUCUCUCCUCUCCCUUCCUCCGAGGAUCUGCCCGUGCAGGACAGUCCUGAUUCUUCCACCAGCCCCAAAGGAGAAGUCCUCCCCAUUCCAGAAGAGAGUCCAGUCAAGAAGGAAGACCCCAGGGGCCCCGGCAAAAAGCCGAAGAGCAGAACCGUGUUCUCGCAGAGCCAGCUCUGUGUCCUUAAUGACCGCUUCCAGAGGCAGAAAUACCUGAGCCUCCAGCAGAUGCAAGAACUCUCCCGCAUCCUCAACCUGAGUUACAAGCAGGUGAAGACCUGGUUCCAGAACCAGAGGAUGAAAUACAAGAGGUGGCAGAAGAACAGCUGGCCCAAGAACAGUGACGGCCUCUCUCAGGGGUGCCUGAUGAACACCCCCGAAAGCCUCCCGGCGUGGGGCGGCCAGCCCUGGAACAGCAGCCAGGCGUGGGGCGGCCAGGCAGCAUCGUGGAGCGUGCAGAGCAUGCAGAGUUGGAGCGGGCAGUUCACCAGCUACCCCGAGGAACCCCAGCAGCAGGCCCUGGUGCCGUUCCCGCAGAAUUCCCCUGCCGGGGAUUUGGAGAGCAUCCUGGAAACUAGCGGGGAAGCCCAGAGCCUCCUCCAGCAGACCCUGAAGUAUUUCAGUACUCAGCAAAUGGUGGAUUUGUUCCCCAAUUUCUCCACGAACAUGCCAUUGGGAGAUGCCUAA